ACAACAAUGCCUUCUUCAUAUUCCUCAACAUUUUGAGUCUCAGGGAAAGAAAAAGAUGCAGAAACUUCCAAGUUUAUCUUUUGAUGAUGAUGGCAGAAUCAGAAGAACAGGAACAUUGAUUACUACAAGUGCACAUAUCAUGACAGUGGUGGUAGGAUCUGGAGUGUUGUCCUUAGCCUGGUGUUUCGCUCAGUUAGGUUGGAUUAUUGGAGUUCUUUUACUUGUAGCCUUUGCUGUCAUCACUUGGUACACCUGCAUUUUGCUUUCGGACUGCUACAGGUCUCCUGAUCCGGUUACUGGCACCCGAAACUAUAAUUACAUGCAAGCUGUUAAAGUUAAUCUUGAAGGGUUUAAAUACAAAUUAUGUGGAAUAUCUCAAUAUGCGAUUCAAGUUGGUGCGAGCAUUGGGUACACCAUCACUUCGGCCAUCAGUAUGGCGGCGGUUAAAAGGUCAAAUUGUUUUCAUGUGCACGGGCACAAAAAUGGUUGUCACACAUUGAACAAUAAAUACGUAUUGAUCUUCGCUUGUAUAGAGAUCGUUUUAAGCCAAAUCCCAAACUUCCACAAGCUCUCGCUCGUUUCCAUUGUUGCCACCAUCAUGUCUUUUGCUUAUGCUAGCAUUGGCAUUGUUCUCUCAGUUGCGAGAAUUGUAGGGGGCACAUCCUCAAAAACAAGUCUAACAGGUAAACCAAUUGGACCAGACAUGACUAGCAUGGAGAAAAUGUGGAAUGCUUUCUCUGCCAUUGGAGAUAUUGCUUUUGCUUAUUCUUUCUGUCCCGUCCUCCUUGAAAUACAGGACACACUAAAACCAAGUCCUCCAGAAAACAAAGUAAUGAAAAAGUCUUGCACAAUAGGAAUUGGAGCAUCCACCUUGUUGUACAUGAUAUGUGGGAUACUUGGAUACUUAGCAUUCGGGAAUGAUUCGCCUGGGAACUACUUGACAGGGUUCGGUUUCUAUGAACCAUUUUGGGUCGUCGACAUUGGUAACAUUUCUGUUGUUAUACAUCUUCUUGGAGCUUUUCAGGUAAUUAUCCAACCGUUUUUCGCAUUUGUGGAGAACUGGAGUCGGGAAAAGUGGCCAGGAUGCAAAUUCAUAGAGGAAGAAUAUAUCAUUGGAAAAUACAAUAUCAAUAUGUUCCGGUUGACAUGGAGGACGUGUUAUGUUAUACUAGUAGCAAUAGUUGCCAUGAUGUUUCCGUUCUUUAACAGUUUUAUGGGACUUAUUGGUUCAGCAACUUACUGGCCGUUGACGAUUUAUUUCCCAAUAGAAAUGUAUAUCUCACGGGCAAAGAUUCGAACGGGUUCCUUCACAUGGAUUUGGUUAAAGCUUUUGACCUUGAUAUGCUUGAUUGUCGCACUUCUUGCUGCAGCUGGAUCUGUUAGAGGCCUUGUUGUCUCCUUUUCUAGUUUCGAGAUAUUCCGUUCAGUGUCCUAGGUUCUUAAGAACAUAUCUUGGCUUCUAUGAACUUAUCCAUAUAUAUAGUUUCCGUCUGAAAUUGUAAGUAUGUUCGUUCGAGAGAAUCAAUAACUAAGGCAUCGUUAUAAGAUAACUCAAACUUCAUUUUAACAACU